AUGGAGUUGGAGACUAGAAAGAAAUCGUCUGAUAUUUUGGUGUCUGUCUCAGAGGAGGUGCAUCUACAGUUGCGGAAUAUUGAGGCGCAAAUCCAAACAGAUCUGGGGAAGCUGUCAAGUGUUAGUAAAUCGAAACGAAAACGUCUGGAGUCAAGAUUUGAAGAACAACAAGAACAACUAAAGUUGAUAAAUGAUAAAUUCAAACAAGAUAUUUAUCAGCAUCUCCAGGAGUGUAAAAUCACGCUUGAAGGACUAGAAUUGCACCAGAUUGACUUCAAAGGAACUGUGAAAAAGCAAAGUAUGGCAGCAUAUGCUAUAGCAAGAAUGUACAUAAGUGCGCAUAUUAUGGAUUUAUCAUUUUGCAUUGAUAAAGCUACUUCAUUUGCAAUGUCUUUUUUGUUGCGGUGUCUGGUAACAACAGAAACAGAGUUGAACGAAGAUGUAUCAUUUGUGGGAACUCUGAAAAACUCUAGUUUUAUGUUUAUUGACUAUCUUUAUAUUGCAGAAGCAUCACACCAAAAGCUUCUCAUGCAAGCAGAAGAGGCAGUUGAGACACAGCUAGAUGAUGCACAAAGAAGAAUCACAGCUGUGCACAAGGCAAGUCUGCUUCUAUUUUAG